AUGAACGAAACGUUUUUCAGUCAAAAUGAAAACGAAUUGACGAGUGAAUACCACAUUCCCGAGAAAGAAGUUGACGCCCCCCCCGCGAAGGACGCACAGGCAUUGCAACAUGUAGCGAGCAAGGGUGAAAAUGGGGAGGGUGAAAAUGAGGAGAAUGAUAACAAUGGUGAGAACCGCUGCUAUGAGAACAACGAUGAGGAAAACUACGAAAUUUUAAACAUGCUAAAUGAAAUCAAAAAGGACCUCCUAUCCGAAAACGAAAAGUUGCAGCAACAGAGCAGCCAAAAUGUGCACAUCGCAGAGGGGGAGGAUGGCGACAAACCGGACCGCAACGCUGUCAAUCACACAGCCAAGCAGGUCUCCAACCAAGACAACCACGCGAGCGAAACGAAAAACGCAAUUAAUGACAAUGUCGUAGCGUUGGCAAAAGGUCAAGGUGGCGAGGAAGUAAGGGCCCCCAAUAGUAACGACAAAACGGAGGAAAAACCAAAGAAACUACCCAAGGAAGAACCCCAAAUGAAAGAGGAACCUUUGGAAAAGCAGUUAAACUCUAGCGAUGCUCAAGUGAACAGCCCAGAUGCUGCUCCAAAUGAGCAGAGUCAGGGAAAUGUGAUCAGUAAAGAAACCCCAAAAAAAAGGAAGGCAAAAAAUGGACCCAAUCCAGACUACGCUGCGUAUGCAAUGCAUCCGUUGAACCCUGCGCAUCCUGCACAUUCGGCCAAUAUGGCAAAAGCUACCAAAAUGAACAACCCCCUUAUAGACGAUGAAAUUGAAUACCUAACGAAUUGUGAAUUCGUAACGCAGAACCACCUCAAGGGGAUUGCAAAAAAGAGACCGAGAGUAAAAAGCGAUAACAUUAACAUAGACAUUUUUUACUCAAGCAGGAGUGAAAAGUCGAUGGAUGAAAGUGAAAGAGAAGCAAAAGCAGAAGCAGACAGCUCCAUAGACUCAAUUGAAGAGUUUUAUGAAAAUAUUUGCGAAUCAGAUGUGCCGCUCGAUUUUUAUAAAAAUUCUUUAAGUGCUAAACAGGAAGUGAAGGAAGUCCAACCAGAAUAUUUUCUCAACACAGAAAAUAACGUAACGGAAGAAAUUCAAAUUUUGAAUAGAUACAUAAAAGACAUGACAGAAGGUCAACAUAAAAAUUCUUCCUCCAUUGAUGUAGAUAACAAAUUGGUUAAUAUUCUUUCCCUAUCCUUUUUAACCUUUAUUGACCAUGUAAUGUAUGAUUCCCACAUUUAUGCGUUAAAGAGUGAAUUUACUCAAGGGGGAGAGGCGGACAAGGGAAAAAAAAGCACCAGUGAUGGGAUUGCUACCCCAAAUGGGAACUCCCAAAACGAGUGCCUAGAUGAAGAAGCGGUACGAGAAAGGACUGAAAAAAUUAACGUCAUUGGGAGGAACGCCCACAAUGGUGCUAACCUCCAAAACCACCCUGGCAAAGAUAACAUUGAAAUGUCUUCCCCAAAUGAGAAGUCGUUUAGCAUGAAUAACGCACAAGAUGGUCAAAAUAAAGAGCCUCCUCGUGGUGUUGACCUAUUAGAUAAUCCUGAUCAAGCGGCCAGAAAGGAGGCUGUCCAAAAUGGUGGCGUGAAUGCUUGUGAAUAUGGACGAGAAUGUACCCCAGAAUAUGCCCCAGAACGUGGCGACAAAGUGGGCACCGAAAUUAUAUACACCCCGGACGUAAUCAACCUAUGCCUAACCAAUUUGUAUAACCAGGAACUGGUAAGCAAAAUUAUGAACCAGAAAAUGAGCGAAGGGGAUGCCAGCAAUGCACGCACAGACAACUUGAAGGAGAGCGACCCUAAUACUAGCAAAUUAAUUCAUAACCAUACCAUCGCAGCUACGGCACAGCCGGGCAAAUCGGAAAAAACACAUUUAAAAGAAAGUGCGAACGAAAUGGACUCCAAAAAUCGAGGACUCCUCAAAAGCAAGGACUCUCUACAAACGAACAUAAAUAACAAAUUAAAUAAACGACAAAUUAUAAUCAACAAAAUAAAUGAAAAGAUUAAAAAAAAAUGUAUCAACAAUUUGCAGAGUUGUGUAAACACUAAGAAGUAUUCACUAGAUGAUUUGUUCGAGCUUUAA